AUGGUGUCCACUAACGAAGGCUUUGUGAUCAGCCAAGGAUAUCCAUUUUUAGCGACAGAACUAUCUGACAGACCCAGGGAAAUUCAGGCUAUCUACACAGUGGAUCCGGCUGAAAAAUACGCCGACGAUACGACUUUCCACGUUGAACUACUCCGUUUUGAUGCUGGGACGCCGGCAGGAAAAUUAUAUCUAGAGAUCGGCACCGAGACACAGUUGAUUCUCUCCUCUUCUACCUCCCAGCUCUCCUUCUCCGGACAUGGCCCAAGCUUCUCGGUAUACUUCGAUCCUAAUGAUGGCGCCGGAAAUUUCCUGGUCCGAUUUACAUCAUAUACGGAGCAAGAGCCAAGCUCCAAUACCACCACUCCGAUUCCGACGGAGCCUACUAAAAAAGCAGCGACGACUGGACGGAAGACUGAUGCGCCGAAGGAUACAACACAUGUUGAUGUGCAUAGUACGGAUGUGACGACGAGCCGAGGAGGUACGAAGUCGACUGGAGCGCCAGCCGAAUCGACUCCGGUAUCUUCUGGAGCACCAAGUGGCAGUUCGGAGCCGACGAAACCGACCGGAAUCAAGACAACCACGCAGUCGGGUUCUAGAAUGUCUCUAGCUCUUUGUAAUUUCUGUCUAGUUCUCGCACUAUUCAAA